ACCCAUGGCUUAACCUUCCGGUGCCUCGCCCUCUUCGAGCAUGCUCCUACUACUACUUCUUUGCCUUCCCCCUUCCCCGUUGGUGACCUGACUAGCUGCCUCUCUUUCGAAUGUCAUGCAGCCGCUCAUUUCUGCAAUGACAACACUGCGCGAGGUCAUCGUUGCCGCUCUCAAGUCCCUGCUGCGAGGGAAGUCCUUCUUCGAAGCCUUCCUCGCCCUCUGGAUCGACCCGGCGACCCCGAAAGGCCAGGAGGUCGAGACUGAAAAUGUCCCGUCCGCGACGAUAGAAGACUUCCUCAAGGAGGCGGAGCAGCUGUUCAUCCCCCCGUCGGACGGCCGAAGGCUGAAAGAGUUCGCGUCCAAGCUCAAAGUCCAGUUCCGGGAGGGCCUGUCGUCAAACCCGGCAUGCAUGCUCCCGUCCUACAACCACCGGCUACCCAAUGGCUACGAGUGUGGGCAGUAUCUGGUUCUGGACGUUGGCGGUUCCAACCUGCGCGUCGCGUUGGUUGAGCUGAGGAGCCGCGGGGCGCGUGGCAGUGAGAGCGGAAUCGUCCGCAUGGAUUCAUUCAAGAUCGACACCCUGGUCAAGAGUCUCGAGGGCAUGGACUUUUUCGACUGGGUGGCUGGGAGGAUAUCCGAGACUCUUUCCAAGGGCGAAAAGAAGCACAGUCAUGACCCGGAGAGCCCGCUCCCUAUGGGGCUGGCGUGGAGCUUCCCUAUCGAACAAACAUCUCUAAAGGGUGGCCGGUUACACGGUAUGGGGAAAGGCUUCUUGGCGGCAAACGGGCUCGUUGGCCAGGAUCUGGGAGAAAUCAUCAAGUCUGCAUGCAUGAAGAAGGGGCUCCACGUCGAGCUCUCUGCCAUUGUAAACGACUCGGCAGCGGCAUUGCUAUCGGAAGCAUACAUCAACUCGUCGACCCGUUUCAGUCUCAUCCUUGGCACUGGCGUCAACAUCGCCGCGCACCUCCCAAUUCCGACCAUCGGGCAAGCCAAGUAUGGUGCUCGCCCUGACAGUUGGUUCGAGAGCGCAAGCCACGUGGUCGUCAAUACGGAGCUAGGAAUGUUUGGCAAGGGCAUUCUCCCCCUCACCCGGUGGGAUCGGUUGCUCAACGCCUCGCAUCCCCUGCCCGACUUCCAGCCUUUGGAGCAACUCGUCAGCGGCUUUUACCUGGGCGAGAUAUGCAGGCACGCGCUCGUCGAGGCCAUCGACACGACAGGCAUCUUUGGGGGGGUCCUCCCGCCGUCGCUCUCCAAACCUUACUCGCUCGAGACCGAGACGUUAUCCAUAAUCGAAGCAGACACCAGCCCAUCACUCUCGAUCGCUAUCUCCACCUUCAAAUCCCGCCACCCCUCCCCCGUCGAUCCAACCCCAGCCGACCUCUCCGCCCUCCGCACCCUCUCCUCCCUCAUCUCCCGCCGCUCCGCCUCCAUCGUCGCAGCCUCGCUCUUCGCCCUCUGGCAGCUGAAAUCCGAGUCCGAGACCGCGCACCUCCGCUCCCUGCCGCCGGGCCACCCCUUCGCCCCCGCAAUAGAGGCCGAGCUCGCCCUGCCGCGCACCCUCGUCUCCUUCAACGGCUCCGUCAUCGAGAACUACCCGCACUACCUGACCACCUGCCAGCGCGCCAUCGACGGCCUCAUGGCGACCUCCGGCGACGACGAGGACGAGGAUGAGUGCGGUCUCCCGGGAGCCCUCGACCUCGUCGCCGCAAAGGAGAGCUCCCUCCUCGGCGCCGCCGUCGCGCUCGCUUGUCUCGAGGCCGAGUAGCGGGCCGGGACACACCCCCUGUCGAAAUGCGUGUGGGGAAGGAGGAGGGGAAGGAAGAGAGAGAGAGAGAGAGAGAGAGAGAAGUCUUGGCGGUUAUCUAUUGGCAUCCAUCGGCAAAUCAAU